AUGCGCACUUAUUGGCCUCUCCUUCUGGCUUUGACCAGGUCAGCUCAAGGCCAAUAUAACAGUACAGUUCUGGGUGCUCAAGCGACGCCAUCGCCGCCCUCAUCUUCAGCGGAAGCUGCUGAGGAGACUUUCCAGGCGCAAGGUGGAGGGUAUGGCCAGGGCAGCACUUGCAAGACCACGAGCACGAUAUACGAAUAUGGAAAGCCUUCCACCUCCACUAUCAAAGUUACUGUCACUUCACCUCAGACAUGUCCAAAGCCGGUCACCAAAACCCAGACUGUCACCUCGUCGCAAGGAUAUGGUGGCGGGUAUCCUGUAACUGUCACAGUCACGUCUACGAAGGAAGUCACCAAAUCUGCCGGAAACAAUCCUUCCCCACCAAAGACGAUCACUGUCACUUCUACGAAGGAAGUCACCAAAUCUGAUGGAUAUAACACUCCCCCCAAGACGAUAACUGUUACAACUACCAAGUCUGGUUAUACCACGGUCACUUCUCCCGGAUACUGCGCAAAUCCACCUCCCAUAACUACUACAAAGACCAAAACUGUUACUGAGUCAUCAUAUUGCUCUGUCAAGCCCCCUGUGACCGUGACUCAGGUGAACAACUCUACCAUCACAAAGACCGAGCAUGAAACCGUUACGGGCCCCACGACAACAAUAAAUAACACCAUAACCCAGCUCACAACGCUGACACUGACUUCGACAGUGGUCACGCUGGUCCCAACUACUGAAACUAGUUACACAACGACCACAGAUUAUAAGACAACUACAGACUACAAGACUACCACGGAGACUGACACCACCACGAAAACGGACACUACCACGGCAACUGAUACCACCACGCAGACCGAUACUACCACAGAAACCGACAUCACCACGCAAACUGAUACUACCACGGAGACUGAUACCACUACGGAAACCGACACCAUCACGCAGAGCGACACCACCACGCAAACCGACACCACCACGCAGACCGACGUUUCUACUACGGUCAGCGUCUCUACGUCUACCUACACCUCUGUUACCACUUACUCUACUACGCUCUACGAGACUAUUACGCAGACACUACCGGGAACCACUUCCGUCACAACAGAGACAGUCGUCUCUACAGUCACGGCAACGCUUACCCUGACUGACUACAUUUCCGUGACCCAGACUGUUCCUGGACCGACUGUGUCAAUUCCAGGCCCAACAGAGACUACAGUGCAGACAGUCUCAGUCCCUGGGCCUGUCGAGACGGUAUCAGUACCUGGACCUAUCGAGACCAUCAUCAGUUUUCAGCCGACAACGACAACAGAGAGGAUCAGUAUAACGACAACCUCUCUUACGACUAGUAUAUCUACUUCAGUAUCAACUUCGACAACCACAGAGUUCAUUGUGACUACGUUUACUCAAUCUGGUACCACAAUCACUAGUACCGAGACGGUCACCUCUGAAGUGUUGAUCACGACUACGUUCACACAGACUCUGCCAACAACUGUGACUUUGACAUCUGAUCGGACUUUCAUCAUCACAACUCCAGGUCCCACGCAGACCGUCGAAGAGACCGACACCGUUACUACGACAGUUGAAGAGACGGAUACUCUUACCCAGACAGUAACCGAGGUGUCCACUUCACUCAGCACUCUAACCCUGCCACCACAAGUCAUCGUGACUACAACCACCCUCGAGGGUGAGACUUCAACAAUCACAACUCAGCUCCCGCCUAGCACGGUAGUAUCAACGAUCGUGUCGACUCUCACUUUCCCGCAGGUCACAGUGACUUCUGUCAGCGUCUCGCCUCCUGAGACCGUGAUAGAGACAUUUACACGGCCAGGCCAGAUUACUACGACAACUUUGACUCUUCCCGGAAGCACGACAACGUUCACGACGCAACUCCCUGCGAGUACUGUGCUUUCUACCAUCACCAUACCUGGCGACAUCACAACUACCACCGUACAGCUUCCGGGCACUACAUCCGUUAUCACUACUCAACUUCCCGCGAGUACUGUGGUCUCGACAGUAACGCUCCCGGGUGACGUAGUCACUUCCACGAUCCAGUUGCCUGGAGAGACCUCCAUUGUGACUAGCCAGCUACCAGCCAGCACUAUUCUCUCGACGUUAACUCUAUCUGCUGUUACCUCUACGGUGAUCAGCCAGCUGCCGGGAAGUGUCUCGACAACUACUCAGCUAGCAACUGUCACAUUACCAGGAUCCACAGUUUUGAGCACUAUCUCUCUUCCCGGCUCGACCUCGGUAUCUACUGUAACCUUACCUGCAACGAUCUCGGUCUCUACUAUCCUGAUCACACAGUCGUUCGUUACCACUCAAGUGCAGCCUACGACGAUUGUGCAGACAUUGACACCGAGCUCAUCUUCUACGACGCCUGCAUCUUUUUCCUGCUCUAGCGAAUGUCAGAUUGAUGUUACCGCAACCAUACUAGAGUUUCCUGGAACGGUUGUGACUAGUACCACAUUCAUACCAACAGUCACUCUCCAAGUUUACACAGAUGCUACGGGCAGUGCUGUCAGCUCUUCCUUGGUCACCAUUCCGCUAGCGACUCAAACAACGACUACAAUUACAUGGGAGUACUCCGGCGUGCCCUUGACUUACCCCACAACGUAUCUGGCCUAUGAAACAUUUAGCCAUCUAGAGGUUUCAGCAGUAGGGUCAGUUUGCGUGACUGAAACUGACACUUUGACAUUACCGGCGCCUACGAACUACGCAUCCCUCAUCGUGCCGCUGAACGAGGUUUCUGAUACAGCAUACGUAGCGCCAACGGUAGUUGAAUAUCUGAACCAACAGCCAACCAUCACUGCUCAGCUUGGCCAGACAAUUGGUCCAGAUGCGUGUGAUCCAGCCGACGGUGGCGGAAGCUUUUCGACCGGCGUUCAAUCUCCACUCGGGACUAUCACUGAUCUCACCAGCCAAGCAGCCCUAGGCUCUACAAGAACGGUUUCAUUGCCAACAGCACAGGGUCAGGUUUCGCCACCUUCUGGAGCUCCAACCACUACAAGCACUGCACCAACGAGCAGCGCUGCUCCUCCAAGUUCAGUGCCGCCACCACCUCCCCCAACUUCAAGUAGGCUACCCCCUCCACCUCCUUCUUCCAGCGCAACCCCAGUUCCUAGCAGCUCGCCACCACCUCCAUCGAGCGUGGCACCACCACCUAGUAGCCAAGCGCCAUCGUCAUCUAGUACUGUUGUUCCACCAUCCAGCGUUGCGCUCCCACCAACAAGUAUCGCGCCUCCGUCAAGCAGCAUUGCUGACUCCGCGUCUGAAGGUCCAUCGCCAUCCUCCAUGCCCUCGUCGUCUGCCUCGCCUCCACCCCCCGAACCAUCAACAGUUCCUGAACCAUCGAACGUCGUCGAACCUUCUUCCUCAUUGGAAGCUCCCCCCUCUGCGCCUCUCUCCUCGAUCCUCGUAUCAAGCCGCACGUCUACGCGCUCGACUACUACUUCGGAAGGCAGCUCAUCUGUUCCUCAGAGUUCAAUGUCUGAGUACACUGGAGGUGGUGCCUUGCCAACAGGGCAUAUCGCAGGUUUACUCCUCGGAGCUGCGGGCCUUGGUCUGGGGCUGUUCUAG